GGACGGGACCGGCUGUGGCUGCUCGUACGGACACGCCGCGGAGCCCUCCCGGCCAUGGCUCCCGCACCGGCCCCGGGACCGGCCCCGGGGACUCGGUUGGCGUUGCUGGUCGCCGCCCUGAUCUGCGCCUCAGCGAGAGGUGAAGGGGACCCCCCGGACCCCGUGUACCUACCGGUGGACCUGGAGGUGCUCGGCGUGCCCGAGUACUACCGGCUGCAGCGGGCAGACCAGGACGUGCCCACCAACAGCUCCCUGCACACCCGCACCGACACCUACCUGCUGCUGUCACACGGCUCUGCCACCCAGCCCCUGCUGCAGGCCACCUACCCACCCUUCAGCACCCGGCAGGAGGUGCCCAUGGAGAGCCCAGCAGGGAGGGGUGGUUGGGCCGUCCGCGCUGUGUCACUGGAGAGCGCCGUGUCCCCGGCGGAGCCCUUCGCCCGGGUCCUCUUCCACCUGCAGGGUGCUGACUGGAUGCCCGGGCAACGCGACCACCCUGGGCAGCAGCAGCACCACCCCGGGGAGUGGGACCACCUCGGGCAACAGCACCGCCCCGGGGAGCAGAACCACGCCAGGGAGUGGAGCCGCUCCGGGCAGCAGGUCCGCCCGGGGCAAUGGGACCAGCCCGGGGAGCAGGACCAGCCCAGGCAACAAAGCCACGCCGGGGAGUGGGACCACCCGGGCAAACGGGAGCACCUUGGCCACUGGGAUCACUCCGUGGAGCCAGAGCACCCCAGGGAGUGGGACCUUCCCUGUGUCACCCUCCAUGCCCACCACCGUGGCCGGGUAGCCCGCGGGACAUGCCGCUUGCAGGCACCCUUGGGCGCCUGUGUGGUGGAACUGGAGAUCCCUCCGCGCUGGUUCUCCCCACCAGCCCCCGCCCCCCGCAGCCGCCGCCGGGCAGCCGAGCCCCCCGAGCCCCCCGAGCCGGCUGAGCUGCGCUACGGCGUGGUGGCACCGGGGGACUGCGGCCGUGCCGGUGGCCGGGAGCGAAGCCACGGGGAGGCACCGCGGUACCUGGGGACGCUGGAGCUGCGGGUGGCCGAGCCGGCGCGGCGCCAGGAGGUCCGCCUAGACGACAAGGUCCUGCUGCGGGUGCCCGACGCCACCCUGCGCCCCGGGCAGCGCUUCACUGCCACCGUCAGCCUGCGGCACAACUUCACCGCCGACCAGCUGACCCUCCGGGUGAAGGCGAAGAAGGGGCUGCAGGUGGUGGCUGCCCGUGCUGGGGACAGCAGCGCUUGGAGCACGCAGCUGGAGCGCAGCCGAGGUCCCAAGCACUCCAUGGCCGUGGUGACCUGCCAGCGGAGAGGGGACAGUGAGUGGAGGGUGACCGACUUGGCUGCAUUCCUGCUCCUGGAUGUGGUGGUGGAGAACGGGACCGGGGGCCUGGCACCGGUACGACCUCUGACCUGGCAGGUGGAAUACCCUGGGCAGGACCCCGAGGCCCAGAAGGACAAACUGGUUUGGGAGGUCCAAGUGUCCGACAGGGACGUCCGAGCCCUCGUGCCCUUGGUGCAGGAGCUGGAGAUCCUAAACACAGCCCCACUGACCGGGGUCCCUCGGACCGUGCCGGUCAGGCUGGUGAUGGUGGCAGCUGGUGGUGGCAUCACCGAGCUGCCCGACCCCCCCCGCUGCGAGUCAGCCGACAAGCAGGUGCUGCAGGUCUCGGAUUCCUGUGACGCUGUGUUCGUGGGGGGCAAGGAGAGCCGAGGGGCCCGGGGGGCCCGGGUGGAGUUCUGGUGGCGCCGGCUCCACGCCUCGCUGAGCUUCAGCGUCUGGGCACCGCUGCUGCCGCUGCGUGUGCAGCUGGGUGACACCGUGCUGGAGCAAGUCAGGGGCUGGCGGCUGCCCGCUGGCCCGGACAGUGGCCCAGCAGACACAGAGGACCCUGGGGAGGAGGCUGAGCGGCGGGCACGGGGCUGCAGACCCCAGUACCAACGCACGGGGGUGAAGGUCCUGGCACACUUUGUGUCCCACCCUCUCGAUGGUGGCCGUCACCUAUCCUACCUACCUGGUCCCCAAUGGCUUCUGGAUGUCACCCACCUGGUGGCCAGCUGGACACGGGUGCAGGACCCACGGGUGGCCUCGCUGGAGGGGGGGACUGUGGUGAUUGGCAGAGAGCCUGGGGUCACCUCUGUGGAGGUCCGCUCCCCUCUCUCGGACUCCAUCCUGGGGGAGCAGAUGGUGGUGGUGUCAGAGGAGAAGGUGACAGUGACAGAGCUGCGUACCCAGGUGGUGGCUGGGCUAUCCCUGGCACUGCGGGCAGAGCCAGGUCACCCUGGCAUGGUCACAGCCACCGCCACGGGGACGAUCGCCUUGCGUGCCCCCAAGCAGGAGGCAACGCUGUCGGUCUGGCUGGUCUUCUCCGACCACACGCUGGCCCCGCUGGAGCUCUACGGCUGGCAGGAUGCCACCUUGACCGUCACCACCUUGGACCCCUCGGUGGCCACCGUUGGAGGCUCGCCCGGUGGCCCCUCUGCUCGCCCGUGGGUGGUGGCAGAGGGCCCGGGGCGAGGGGCACUGCUGCAGCUCAGCCUGUACCCACCAGAUGCUUGCCGCCGGGGCCGGCACCGGGCAGCCGCCUUGGGCACCGCCACCGCCUGGCUUGAGGUGGGGCUUGGCCAACGCCUGCCCACCGCUGGCAGCCCUCGACCCCGGGGGGGUGGUCGCCCCCGACCCAGCUCGCCCUUCCCGAGAGCCGAAGGGGCCAUGUCGGGAGAGGCAGUGACGGCAGCCAGCGAGCCGCGGCGGAGGGACCCUGCUGGGGUGGGACCUGCUGCCACCAAGCUCCAAGGGCUGGGGUCUUCCUCAGAAGAGGAGGAAGAGGAGGAGAAGGAAGGCUACGGCCACAACAACCGCGCGGGGGGGAUGGAAGAAGAGGAGGAAGAUGAGAUGGUGAAGGCUCCCCAGCGGGUCACCGACCUCGAGAUCGGCAUGUACGUGCUGCUGGGGGUCUUCUGCUUGGCCAUCUUCAUCUUCUUGGUCAACUGCAUCUUCUUCGUCCUGCGCUACCAGCAGAAGGAGCUGCCCGACGGGGCCAGCUCUGCCCCUUCGGCCCCCCAGCCCCAUAACUGGGUUUGGUUGGGCACUGACCAGGAAGAGCUGAGCCGGCAACUGGACCGGCAGCAGCCGGAGCCCCCCGGCAGCAAACCGGGCACCGACGGCGGCCGCUGCUGCUGCGGGGUGCCCCCGGGCACCACCGCGCCCGGCUCGGAAGCUGAGGGUCCCGCCCCUGAUGCCCCAACACCUGGAGCUCCUCUGCCUCGUAAAGAGGGGGGAACGCCAGGGGGUGGCCGGAGGAAGAGGGUGGAAUUUGUCACCUUUGCCCCGCCCCGGGUGCCCGAGGAGCCCCCUCCCCAGCCUGCCCCCAACGUCCAGUCCAUCCUGGUGGCCAGCGAGGAUGACAUCCGCUGGGUGUGUGAGGACAUGGGGCUGAGGGACCCCGAGGAGCUCAGGAGCUACAUGGAGAGGAUCCGGGGUAGUUCCUGAUCGCGGAGGGCUUCCCCCAGCGCCCCUCCCACCCCACCAACCAAACCAGUAAGGGACCAACCUCCUCCCAGUAUCCCCCCACCUCUCGACCCCACCCUCUACCUACAGCAGGCUGUGCUGCUCCUGGGGACCACCUUGGUGACCUCAAUCCUAGCCCAGCGAGGCCACUCAAGGGACCAGCCCCAGCUGCCUGCAAAGGCAGGGAGGGGUCCUCCACCUAGCUCAGAACCUCCUUAGUCGGGGGGGGGGGGGGGGGGGGGGGUGGGAGGCUCCACAUCAGCCCCUUCCCCAGCCUCAGUGAGGAGGAACCUGGGAUGCCCUUUACUGCUUUGGGUCUCAUUGUGACAUUGUGUUCAUAGUGAUGAUGGUGAUGCUGAGUCCUGUGGUUUGACCCCAAGGGGAGGGUCCCAGACCCCCUCCUCCUCAUCCAUGGGGAGGAAGAAGAGUGGGGAGGGGGAGGGGAUGUGUCCUUCACCACCUCCCCCCAUCCCCCAUCCCCCCACAUCUGUUUUUUUGUACGACUUGACAUUUUCUACCUGUGCUGCCGUGAGGGGCUGUUAAUUUAUGGGAGAUUUUUAAUUCUGACCUUUGGGAUGAAAAUAAAAGGGAUUCAGAAACUCCAA